GUCUUCUGUGUUUAUACCGAACAAAAUGGCUGCAGAGGCUUGAUCUUGACCCGAUGCUUUCAGCGCUCUCUUCGGACACUCCGCACUUAUUCUUGGAUAUAUGCGCUGUCGUUUUAAAACACAUCUUUGGAUUUCUGAACGCAAUUGCAGCCAGACUGCUCGCUACACUGUUCGCUAUCUUUAAUUUUGCACUUUACUGAAGCAGCUCGCCUCGUAUAAUCUCAUGACAGCAGCAGCUUCAAACUGCCCUCUUCUUCAUUUUGCACCGUACGUUAGAUCAAAUGCUAAUACUGAUGACAAAUGUAUGUCACUGUACUUUACAAACUGCCUCGCCUUUUUAAUGUGACGUUAUUUUGUUCUAUAUUUUAAUCGUGUUUGAUAACGUAUAUGACAUGUAUUUUAUUUCAAUCAUGCAUGCAUCUUAAUCUCCAUCAGAGCCAAAAGCUCCAAGUCUGCAUAAAUAUUUUAUAACAGACGUCUUUCGUUUUCAGUUUAAAUUUUGCAUUUCUUUUUAUUCUGCUGCCUUUUUCUGGAGACAUUUCGGAAUCUCAGCUGCUCGUUCAGGACAGUGUUACUUUGUUUUACGGGUACUUUCGUGGGAAAAGGCCUUUUGUACCAUUGUACAACAUGCAACACUUUUUUUAACGAAAGCUGCCAAAGCUCGACUUGUGAUCAAAAAGUGCCAGACUCUUUAAAACCUAAUCCCAGUGUCCCUUCAGGCCCAUUCUGACCCUCAAUCUGCCUGUAACCUCUGCAGCUACUACCAGCAAUGGCAAGUGUAGCCCUUGUAUUGCCCUACAACAGCAGUUACCUCCAUUACAGCAGCUCAGUCCUCGAUAUGUGCCAAGAGAGGUUCCUCCACGCUUCCGACAGCAGAAGCAGAGGCAGCUACUGAACGAGGGUCGACCUUUACCUAGUGGCGUGCAUAACACAAACUCUACUUGCCCUCCUCUAGAGACAGCCACCAGCAAACAGCUCACGGGACUUCCACAUCAAAGUGACCUGGGAGAUCAGCAUGAGAAUUGUGAUUGGAGCAUCACUGUCACCAAAGGCAGCAGUGGGAACCGGGAUAAAGUGAUUAUUAACAACAAAGACACUUGGCCUUCCAUUACAUAUAGCAAGAGCCGGCAAACACCAGAAUGCAUCUUGGACACUAAACGCACACCAGAGGUUGUUAGCAACAGUAGCAACACUAUUAUGGCUACAGGAGCUAGCCCACAGGGUCAUUACCCAAUAAGCAAAGCUAGCGUUAAUCUCUCUUCUAGCAUGGUGUCUAAUCAUGGUGGCCCUACCAGGGGGUGGGCCUCAGAAGGAAAGACUGACUUGUCCAUGGGGAGUAGAGGGCAGUCUAGCUGGGGUGCCUCAAAUCUAAACCUAAACCCCAGUGCUAACCCUGCUGCUUGGCCAGCUCUUGGACAUGAAGGGCCUGCAGUUGGGUCAGGACCUAGUAGCAUGGUUUGCUCAAAUCCUCUUUCACUUAGUAUGUGUGGCCAAGGAGGAGUGGCACCACCUCAUGGCACCAAUGGAAAUGGGAACAUUGGUUGUGUCAAUGAAAACCUUGUAGGGGACUGUGCAUGGGGCAACCCAGAUAUCCCAGAACAACAUCAGUCACCUACAAAUGUAUCCUUCAACAUGAAACCUCCUAUCCUUAAAACUGAUGGACCAAAUAACACUAAUCCAGAGCCAAUGAGUCCAGUGAACAGCUGGAGAGGAAACCUCAGCCAGUCACCUACUGAGCCUGCCAGCAAGGAUGGAACUGCGUUCUGGGGCAGUGGAAAUGCCAAAAAUGGAGAAUCAAAGGACUCAGGGUGGGAUUCUGUGGGUGUCUCUUCCUGGGGUCAGGGAGGAGCUAGCAGAGGCAGUCGUGGCUGGGGUGACUGGGGUAAACAGCCAAGCACUGAAGGUACAGAAUGGGAUGCUAAUGAAGCUCCUUCCCAGGAACAUAUGAGUUCAUGGGGUCCUGAUACUCCAGCAAGUGAGGGCAGCAGGGAUAGCAGUGAGGGCCACCCAAGGAAAAGAGAAAGAUCCUCAAGUGCUGAUUUGGUCCCUUUGCUUCCAAAGCAAGACUUAGAUCCACGUGUUCUUUGCAACUCAGGCUGGGGGCAGACUCCAGUUCGUCAACACACUGUUUGGGAAAUGGAAGCAAGUACAGACAAAAAAAAUGAUGUAGGGACUGAGGACUGGGGGUCUUCCUCCAACACAGCGUCAACUGGACCUCCACCACCUCCUCCUGGGUGUGCCAAUUCUAACAUCAGUCCACCUCCUAGAAUGGAUACAAGCAAGAGUGAGGGACAUUGCAGAGUCAUGCCAAAUGCAGGCUGGGGAGGAUCAGUCCCAGUCUCUGCUCAGCCUAACAGUGGAUGGGGAGAGCCUUCAGCAAAUAAAAAGGUUUCCAAUGGAUCAGGAUGUAACUGGGGUGAUCCUAUUCCUGUGGCUCCCAACAUUAGUGGCUGUAAUGGCCAGUCUUGGGCUUCUGAAGAAAAAUCUCCUAGCUGGAAUGAUUGUACUUCUCAGAAGACAACACAAAAUUGGGGUGAUGGACCCAAAUCUUCCUCAGGUUGGGGAAGUAGUGGUUGUGCGAAUAGUGGGGAGUGGGGUGAAUCUUCAGAAAUGAAGAAUAGCUCUGGAAGUUCAUCUUGGGAACCUGACAGCAGAAACUGUAAAGAAACUCAGAGAGGCUGGACUAAAGCAUCACCAGCACAGAGUGGUUGUUGGGGUGAAGCUCAACAUACCAAUGGUUCAACACAAGGAUGGGGUGGAAAACUUCAGGAAUCCAUGUGUGGCAACAAUGGAUCUGGAGGCAUAGGAUCAUGGGGUGGCCCUAAUUCUGUCAAACAGAGUAACUCUGGCUGGUCAUCAAGAUGCCGCCAGGAAACAGGAGAUGAGUCCACAGGCUGGGAAGAACCCUCUCCUUCUUCUGUUCGUCGCAAAAUGGAUAUUGAUGAUGGGACAUCCACUUGGGGUGACCCCAGUGCUUACAGCAAGAGUGUGAAUAUGUGGGACAGGAAUCACUCCCAGAAUCAUCCAGGAACAAACAACAGUGGUAAUGGUAAUAACCUGUCUGUGCCAAACAGCGCUAAUCAUCCCCAAAGGCAAGGACCCACACAGAACCAUGUCAGUGGAAGCAACAACAACGCCUCACCCAGUCAAGGUGAAUGUCCUCUCAACAGGAUUUCCAUGGUGAACCCAGGCUGGGGAGAGAUCCCUAAAGUUCAGCCAAAUACAGAGUCCUCUUCAUGGGGCGAGACAGCCAGUUCCAGCUCCUCUGUGGACAAUGGUACUUCAGCUUGGGGCCAAUCUUCUAGGGGCCGUGGGGGAUGGAGUGAAGGUAGCCGUGACUCAAGUGGGUCUUAUGGCAGAGGAAAUGCACCUGCUGUAUCAAGCCCCUGUCAGGAAGGUCCCAAACCUAUGCAAGAUGGCUGGGGAUCUGGCGGGGAAGAGAUGGGCAUGAACACCAGUCAAUGGAAUGCUGAUGAUGGUGACAUGUGGAACAGUCCCACAUCCCAAGACUCCACUUGUAACUCCUGGGGUCAUUCCAGAAAGGGCCCACAAAGGGUCAAGGUCUCUAACAAGCAGGAUGACGUUUGGAUCAUGAACAGGCUUAUUAAGCAACUUACAGAUAUGGGUUUUCCGAAGGAUCCUGCAGAAGAAGCCCUGAAGAGUAACAACAUGAAUUUGGAUCAGGCCAUGAGCGCUUUGUUGGAGAAAAAAAAUGAACUGGACAAACGGGGGAUGGGCACUUCAGACUACAGUAAUGGAUUAAAUAAGCCCAUGGUGUGCCGACCCACAAACCUCUCUAAAGACCCCUCACUGGAUCACUCCCCCUUCCUGGACAAGGAUGGCAGGCUGUCAGACGAUUCUUCAUCCUCACCGUUUAUGCCUUCUCCUGGCCUCAAGCUCCCACUGGCCAGUAGCAGCCUCCCGAACCAGGGGUUAGGUGGGGUCUCUUCUGGUCUGUCCAUGCAAAACUUGAACAAUAGACAGAUGCAUAAUGGAAUGUUUGGCACUAACGGAGCAGCACAAACUCGGGUCAUGCAGCAGCAGGCCCCGCCCCCUCAGCCACCAGUGCCACCUCUGAGCUCCACCCAGCCUAACCUGCGUGCUCAAGUGCCUCAGCUUCUCACCCCUCAGGUUCAAGCACAGCUCUUACAGUUUGCGGCAAAAAAUAUCGGUCUGAAUCCUGCACUUUUAACCUCACCAAUAAAUCCUCAACAAAUGACCCUGCUGUACCAACUACAACAACUGCAAGUGGCGUAUCAGCGUUUGCAGAUUCAGCAGCAAAUGAUGCAGGCUCAGCGUAAUGUCUCUGGUCCCAUCAAGCAACAAGAGCAGCAGGUUGCACGUACAAUCACAAACAUGCAGCAGCAGAUCCAGCAGCAUCAGCGUCAGCUGGCCCAGGCCCUGCUCAUGAAACAGCAGCAGCCUCCACCAUCCUCUCACACAGGCCUGCACCAAAACCUUGGCAAGGCAAGCCAGGACAGCUUCACAGCUGGUUUGAACCCGAACAUGAAUGUAAACUGUAUGGAGGUGGGAAGUCUCUCUCUGAAAGACCCUCCUCAGCCUCAGUCCAGACUCUCACAGUGGACUCACCCAAACUCCAUAGAUUCUCUAACAGCAAGCACUCAGCACAUGGAGGCAAACCUCAGUAAACACGGUUCAAUAUCUGCUGCUCAGUCCCAUGUGCCUGCUGGGAAGAGCUCUAUGGAAGAUUCCUUCAGCCCAUACAAUAUGAUGUCAAGUUCUGAAUCACCCAGCAACACAUUGGUGUCUCCGGAGAGCUGGACACAGGGCAAAAGUCCCAAUGAGAAAAUUGCAAGUGGCUCCAAUAUUAGCUGGCCUCCAGAGUUCUGCCCUGGAGUGCCGUGGAAAGGUCUGCAGAACAUUGAUCCUGAGAAUGAUCCUAACAUGACCCCAGGAAGCGUUCCAAAUGGCCCCACCAUUAACACUAACAUACAGGAUGUGAAUCGCUACCUGUUACGUGACAGGACUGGAGCCUCAUCCCCAUCUCAGAGUGGGACUCUGUCUUCUUCGAAUGAUUGGUCAGACAGUGCAUUUAACUCACUGGCUCUUUUCUCUCAGAAUGAGAGGGAUGCUGAGAAUCCAGGUAAACUCUUGGAAAUGAAGUCUACCUGGUCCCCUGGACCCAUCUCCCACACACAGGCCUCUUUAUCUCAAGAGUUAUGGAAGGUUUCCCCAGGGACUCGAAACUCCAGUGCUCCUUCUCGACCUCCUCCAGGACUGACCAACACCAAGCCCUCCUCCACUUGGGGAGGAAAUUCUCUUGGCCUCAGCCAAGGCUGGAACAACUCUUACUCCUCAGAAGGGGGAACUUGGAGCUCUGACAGUCCAAACAGAGGAAGCAGCUGGUUGGUGCUGAGAAACCUCACUCCUCAGAUUGAUGGCUCCACUCUGCGGACUCUGUGCAUGCAGCACGGCCCUCUCAUUACCUUCCAUCUGAACCUGACACAGGGAAAUGCUGUUGUACGUUACAGCUCCAAGGAGGAGGCUGCCAAAGCCCAGAAAUCCCUGCACAUGUGUGUGUUGGGUAACACUACUAUCCUGGCAGAGUUUGCCAGCGAGGAGGAUGUGAACCGCUUCUUUGCACAGGGCCAGUCUCUUACCCCCACCACUAGCUGGCAGGCCAGCCCAGCACCAGGCUCCAGUCAACCCCGACUGGGCAACCCUACUGCUAGCCACCCCACAGGCCUCUGGAGCGGAGGAGGAGGCACCAAGUCAGUCUGCAGUGCUGGGAACAGCAGCAGCGGAAAUGGAGGCGACAUGCUCUGGGGUGGUGUGCCACAGUACUCCAGUUUAUGGGCUCCCCCAAACGGAGACGAUGCCAGGGUAAUCGGCAGCCCCAUCCCAAUAAAUACUCUGCUCCCAGGAGACCUGCUGAGUGGAGAGAGCAUGUAGGAUGCAUCAGACAUCAUAAACCAACAAAGUCAAAAGACCCAACGGAUCAAAUCUCAAGCAAAUCAAUGUGGCGAUAAUCACUUUUUGUCGAACUCUACCAGAGGUUGAAGGGGAGACAGCUGCAAACCUCCAACUGCUGUUUUUUGUCCUGUUUUUUUACGUCAGACUAUUUGGUGUGUUCGUGGAUCUUCGUGUUCAAAGACGUUGACAAACAUAAAUCAAUAGAAGAAGAGCUUUUUGAUGCUUUUUUUGUUUCCAAAGAUUGUUUUCGUUCAAAACUGUUGUUCAGGAGAAGCCGCAAAAGUGGCAGCCAUCUGAAAACGACCCAGGCACAGUGAGACCUCAUGACACCUUUCCCUAUAAUGACACUCUUCUGAUGAUUGGAAUGAUCCUUGUACUUUUUGGUUUGAAAAUCUGCAUCACUUUUUCACAACUUAUUAGCCGUAAGUGCUCUCUCUCCAUGACCUCCUAAAGUUUUAUUUUAUAAGAACAACAACAUCAACCAAUUUCCUAAGUUGCACAGUUCUGUUUCUGAGCCAGCGAAUAGGCCAGAGCUAAUGAGCAGUGGCCUGUCAGCAUGACUAAUCACCAAUGAUACGUUUCGUCUUUAAUUCUGUUCGUAAUUAAAAGGGAGCUGCACUGCUCUGUUGCGUUUUACUCACACUCUUUUUUUUUAUUUUCGUUUAAUAUGUGUAUGGUUAAAUAAGCUGAAUGUUAAGCUUCGAUUUAGAUAAAUGAAUGUCAGUGUGUCUGCUGGAACUUGACCAAGCAUCUGUGUGUGAGUACUUUACCACUGUUAAAAACACUCAGUGGAUGCUUUUUAAUGAUACCUAAACGACUUCAGUGCUGAAUCAAUCAAACGCUAUUCAGUUACUAUGUGGUCAGCCAUUUUUAAUGAGAUGCAACAGAGAAUUCAUUCUGAUGCAUUGUGCAAUAGAAGCCAGAGACGCUUUCUUCCGUCCACACUGAAGCUUACUGAAACUGUUUUUUUUUCUUGUUUUUGCUGAAGACUAUAGCAGAAUUGAAUCUUUGGACUCAUUUUUCCGCCUUGCCUUGAACUGUUUGUCUGCCUUUCUGGCUGUUCACUAGUAUAUUUGUGGAAAGGAGGAACUGUUAACUGUGUUUGUCAUCACUCCAUGCGGUUUACCACUUGGCAUGUGUGGGAUGCCACAGUCUCCCAGCCACAUCUCUUCACCAAACAGAAAUGGAAUCCAUAGCGGGAGACACAUGGCUCGGAAGUCAGGCACAAUACCAAAUACAAUGCGUUUCUCUUAAUGCAGUACAGAAUAAGAGAUUCUUGCGUUUGGUACAAACAUAAAAGACAUGUACAUUUUAUAAGUCACUUCUUUAAGAGGUAUUAGCAAAGCACUUAUUACAAGAGCAGUGCUCCUUCUGAAAGCCAAUAAAUCAGUUGAUGGAGCGUAUUGUUAAAAAAAAUGAAAAGAAACAAAAAAAAAUCUUAAGGCAACUUUUAACUGUUACCUUUUUUAUAUAUACACCUUACUGGUAUUCAAACGGCUCAUUUGUUUGUCGUCCAUCUCUGAUCAAUAAACUUUUCAGACUAUUCCGAAUUAAGGGACGAACAAAAACUACAAUCAGUUGAAACUUGCAAUGUAUGUUUUUUGUGUCUGUAUAUUUUCUCUUCUCACUCUACCCAAAGUGAAUGUCGUUGUUGCUUUGAUACAGUCAAAAGACUUUAUUCUGUCCUGAGGAGGCACUUCAGUUGGAUUGGAUUUGAAAAAGAGGCUGUCAGUGCCUCAGUGUGGAAACUGAUGGAGGAUAUUUGAUUCUCAGUAGCAGAUUCCUCUGUGGAAUGAAGGAAAGGACAUUAUGAUGUGAUGAUGAUAUGGACGGACGAUGAUGUGAUGUUUGCAGUAGUAACUUAGGUACAGAUCUUCAAAUGUCCCUCGUUCCAUCUGGGAUGACGGCUCUCAUGCAACCUAACCCACUCCAUCCCUCAUGUGGUUUUGCUGGAAUUUAAGACUGAAUGGAAUCGCCAGUGUUGUAUAUUAUGACUUUUUUUUUCUCCACACAUUCUGUUGGUCUUCAUUCAGCAUUCUUUAACUGCCUGCAGCGCAUGUGGAUACACUUUAAAAGAGGUGCCUCGGUAUACUUAUCCUGUGUCACGGAUGCAAAUGAAGAUGCUGUGAUGUAGGCCAUGUUUCGUGUGAAAAUAACUAGUUUUUGUUGUUACAGUGUUAGAUCAUUUAGAAUAGGGGCUCUUUUAUUGAUGUGUGUGUGUGAGUGUGUGACCUAACCCUGGACAUCCCACCUCUAACUCAGCUGCUAACAUCCACUCUUUUGUGUGGCCUCACUGAAGCCAACCCUGUUAUCUAGAAAAGCUGCCCAUACUUGAAAAGCCCUGUCCGAGCAGUAUUUCUAUGGACAGACUCUUUCUGCCAUUGGCGCUUUAACUACAGCACACGGCAUGCUGUGACUAUGCAAAGUGAGAAAAGAUGGGCUUGUAAUGUCCGCCCUGUGCCAAUCUGUGGCUUUGAAAGGAAGUUUAAAAAUUGUGCAGUCCUCCUGUAAUAUUAUCUUACAUACACAAGACCAUUGACGUCCUUGUUGAACUUAGGGUGUUUCCUGACACAAAGCAUUUUGUUCAAAUUCUUUUCGGGAGGUCUGCGCACCAAUUGUGCUGAAUCUGAUAGAUCUCGUUCACUACAAUCUCAGGGCAUGACAAGAUUAACCAUUUUUGUUUAAUGAAAGUUGAUCGUUUCAAAGAUUUAUCAAUUUCAAGCGGGUCUACGCAUUCAGUUAUGUGUGUACAAAUCUUACAAAGCGUACAUGAAAGAAAUACGACAGAAUAUUUAUCAAUGGGGCAAUACAUUUUGGAGGGUGGCUAGUUAGGGUGUUUUCAAUCCUGAUGAACAGGAAUUGUUGGCGAGUCGUCAGUAAAUGGGACCUGCGUAUUGUACCUCUCUGCUGCUGCUUGUGAUGAAUUCCCCUCAUGGUCUCACGUGCCAAUGUAUGCAUAAAGAUAUAUAGGUACACUGUGGCAUUGCUGACUUCACAUCUUAAAUUCCAAUGUGUGGUUUUGUUGUAGAGCACUUCUGUUUGAAGGCACUUUGAUGAUUCUUGUGUGUUUGAGGUGGGAUUGGGUUUGAAAAUGGGUUGAGGAUAUGCUGAUUAUUUGUGAUAAUCUUGUUGCUGUCAUUAGAAGAAUAACUAGCUAGAACUUUUAACAGCAUUGGGGGUUGUGGUGUGCUAAUGGCGUACAGAUAAUGAGUAAUCCCUGGUACUUUUGUUUUGUUUUGUUUUUUGAAUACCAAAAAAUGAAAUGGCAUUUUAUUAUCUUUUAUAUAAAACAAAAACAAGUAAACACUGAAGGAGAAAAAAAACAUUUCAAAAUGCACAUCUUGCAGAUGAUAUCUCCUGUUUGCUGAUCACAUCCUGAAGGUUGAUGGCAAGCUGGAGUGCCUUUUAAAAAAAGUUUGUUUGUAAAAAGAACUGUACAAUUGUCAUCUCAGUUCAUUUCACUGUUGCCUGUGUAUGUAACUGCCUUGUUCCAAAUUCAGUCACAGCUGACUGACAGUGAACCACAAUGUGACUGAAAACAUCACAGGACGUCUCUGGUGACACCAGCAUAGGUAGACUAUGACUACAGUUAACUUUAUUCUCUGUAUUAUCAUGUUUAUUUUGUAGAAAAAAUGCUAUCAGAUCUCCAAAUCCUUCACUUUUAAAACUCCUGGGUAAAAAAAUGAUUUGAAAACGAGCAAUAGGGUGUGUCAUCGGUGGGAAUUUGCCUAAAAGAAGAAAGUGAUCAGCGAUUGAUCAAAACCAAACAGUCUUACUGAGGGGGUUGUGUGUUUGUUAUAUGGACUAAAGACAUCCAUGCAGUAUUUGUGGAUAACUUCAAUCAUUAUGUUGAACCCCAUCAUUCUGAACAAUGUUUCUCUUUAGGCAAAGUUUGAAAAAUCAUAAACAUAUCAAAAUAUAUAUCUCCACCAAUACUUGAAUUAAAGCACGCCAAUUGUAAAAUGUGAAUUUAUUUUUUCUUGCAUUUUGUUUGGGUCUGACACCUUUUAAUGUAUUUGUAACAUUUUCACAAAUAACUUCUCAACAAAGAGAAAUAUUUGGAAUGCGUGAGUUUGAGUGCUUUAGUUCAUUUGCUCUCUAAUCGCUGAUUGUUGUUGUUGUUGGGUAUCUGCCAGCAAUUAUAAUCCAUUUUGUUUGUUAUACUGCUUUGUGUGUGUGUGUGUGUGUGUGUGAGAAUGAGUGUCUUUUUCCCUUGCUUGUACUCAAAAAAUAAUUGCAGGGGAGAUCAUGACAAUUUGUGUGUCAAUGUUUACUCAAGGACUACUUUUUAUCCUAAUGUAUGAAACCUGUAAAAUUGUAUUCUCAUGGUGGUUUUUAUUGGGAAAAUACCCACAAAGGUGAUCAUUUACAUAGUGUUUUCAUUUCAGUUACGUUUUCAUUUAAAUUUCAGUUACAGUUUGUUUGUUUGUUUUUUGUUUUUUUUUUGCUCAACUAAAAAAUCUAAAAAAAAAUAAAUAAAAAAAAGAUCAAAACUCUUUUUUUUUCUCUAUAAGAGCCUAUCAUUUCAAUUCUGAAGAGUUUUUUCUUUUUUUUCAAAUCUUGAAUCCUAUUUUUUUUUUCAAAUGUCUGAAUUUGCAAAAAAGAAGAAAACAACCUACAGACAACAUCAGUUUAAUAACACGAAAAUGAAGUAUGCUAUUGCUGAACUCUGGGGUUGUUUUAGUGUCACUUUGUAUUUUUUCCUCAUGAAUUCUGUUGUUUAUGUUGUAUGUUGAACUGAUGCUAAUGUCUUUAUGUUUUCUUUUCAAAAAAAUGAUUCUGUCUUGCACACUGACAAAAGACUUGGAUUUUUUCUCAGGAAGAUUAGGGGUCCAGAGUUCCAGUUCCACUGUUAAGAUGUUGAUUAUCAUGAGAAUUUAACUAAUUGAUUAACAAAUCAGAAAAAUAUUUUAAAACAACAACAAAAAAAGAUCAACUCUAAGCACUGAAGGUUAUGGAUUUGAAAAAAAAAUUAUGUUUUGAAUUUUAAUCUGUAGCAGACAUUUACCAAAUAUUAGAUAUUAAAGAACCUAUGCGUUUUAUUUCUUAAAGUAGAGUACUUAUGAGAUGUUUUUGUAUCACUUUACAUGCAAAUAGAAUUUUGUUUACUGGUUAGGUUGUGGAAGGACCUACCACUGUUUGAUUUUUACCUUACCUGAUGUUUCCCAACGAGGUCCAGUGUCAAAUGCUUGAUAUUCCAUUCUCUUGUCUUUUUAUAGUUUGGAAAUUCAUUAGAGGCCUGUAUGCAAAGGCCUGAAAAUUGUAGAUCAACACAUAGAACUUGAACUUCUACUAGAUUUACGUACUAGUUUUUGAGUGUGGGUUGAAAAUACUCCAUCUAGGUUUAGACUAAUGUUAAGAUGUUGUGAAAGGAUUAAGAAUCUAUGCACAUGUUUGAGAGGACUGUAUGUCCAGACAUGCUAUUCUUACAAGGAUAUCUGGGAGGGGGGAGGGGGAUCAUGCACUUGUUUCUUUGUAUAACUUUUAUUUGAAUCAGCAGAUUUUAGUGUCAUCACCAUGCUCUGCGUCUCAAGAUGUGAGCUUCAACAACCAAGCACUGUGGGUUUAUUCCAAUCUGUGACAUUCUAGUGUUUAAAUGGAAUGAUGGGUUGGAUGGCAUCUUGUGAACUGUUGCUCUAUUGUUCAGAUAGAAACCACAUGACUGUACUGAGAUUCAACAGCUUUUAAAUGUUUUUCCCUUACCCUUGAUAGAAUGUGAUUGUUGAGGACACAGAAAAGUCUUUCCAUGUUGUAUGGAGAUUAUUUCAGCCUAUAUUAAUAAAUAGCAUUCUUUUCUCUUGAA